UCACAUGAUUCUCACUCACCUGACACUCUCGUGAAAUUUUUCAAGUGGAGAUUUCGCAGUUUUGCAGUCACAUUUCCGUGCAAUUUCCCAAAAAAGAGUGCAACCGAGAUGCCGAUCUGUGGACCCAAACUCUCCCUCUGUGGACUGAUCAUCUCAGUAUGGGGAAUAAUCCAGCUGGUCCUUAUGGGCGUCUUCUACUACAUCCACAGCGUGGCCCUGAUUGAGGAUCUGCCUCUGGAGGAGCACUAUCCCGGCCCCAUGGAGUUCUACGCGGCGGCGGAUCAGGCGUACAGUCAGAACGCGUACAAUUGCUGGAUCGCCGCCUGCAUCUAUGUCCUCACUCUGGUGGUUUCCGGACAGCAAUUCUACGCAAACAGUCGCUCAACUGCGAACUAAUGGAUUCUCCCCCAGAAAAGGGCAAAAGUUUCUAUUAUUUCAAUUUCUGUGUACAUCAUAACUGUAAAUUAUCCCCUAAAAUGAUUUCUUUGCUUCAAAGGACAUUCCUGUAAAUAUUCGCAUAGAAUCCAGUUCAUAAAUAGAUCAAGUUGUCAGUAAAAAAUGGUAAAAAUUGAAGAAGUGAUGCACAGAAUGUGGCUAAAAGAGCUGAAAUUCAAUUUGGAGGUGCAGAAUUCACAGCCGAAAAUGUAUUAAAUGUGUUUUAAAAGAGUGUUACUUAUUUUAUUAGUUGAGAAAUAAAGUGGUAAGAUAAGA